UCGGGGCGGUUGGUUGGAGCGGCGCAGCAGCAGAGAGGUCCGGGAAAGUUUCUUUGGAGGUGGGGCCGGGAGCGGCCAUGUCCCACGGCUCCAAGCAGCCCGGCGCGGCCGCCGCGCCGGCGGGCGGCAAGGCUCCGGGGCAGCAUGGGGGCUUCGUGGUGGCUGUCAAGCAAGAGCGCGGCGAGGGCCCCCGGGCCGGCGAGAAGGGGUCCCACGAGGAAGAGCCCUCCAGGCCCCUCCCAACGGCGCGGUCCGGUUCUGCAGCCGGUGAAGAAGCGCGGCUGGCCCAAGGGCAAGAAGCGUAAGAAGAUCCUGCCAAAUGGGCCCAAGGCACCGGUCACCGGCUACGUGCGCUUCCUGAACGAGCGGCGUGAGCAGAUUCGCACGCGCCACCCAGACCUGCCCUUUCCCGAGAUCACCAAGAUGCUGGGUGCCGAGUGGAGCAAGCUGCAACCGGCCGAGAAGCAGCGGUACCUGGACGAGGCGGAGCGGGAGAAGCAGCAGUACAUGAAGGAGCUGCGCGCCUACCAGCAGUCAGAAGCCUACAAGAUGUGCACGGAGAAGAUCCAGGAAAAGAAGAUCAAGAAAGAAGACUCGGGCUCUGGGCUCAUGAAUACCCUCUUAAAUGGACACAAGGGUGGGGACUGUGAUGGCUUCUCCACCUUCGACGUCCCCAUCUUCACUGAAGAGUUCUUGGACCAAAACAAAGCGCGGGAGGCAGAGCUGCGGCGCCUGCGCAAGAUGAACGUGGCCUUCGAGGAGCAGAACGCGGUGCUGCAGAGGCACACGCAGAGCAUGAGCAGCGCGCGGGAGCGCCUGGAGCAGGAGCUGGCGCUGGAGGAGCGGCGGACGCUGGCGCUGCAGCAGCAGCUCCAGGCCGUGCGCCAAGCGCUCACCGCCAGCUUCGCCUCGCUGCCGGUGCCGGGCACGGGCGAGACGCCCACUCUCGGCACCCUGGACUUCUACAUGGCCCGGUUGCACGGCGCCAUCGAGCGCGACCCCGCCCAGCACGAGAAGCUCAUCGUCCGCAUCAAGGAGAUCCUGGCCCAGGUCGCCAGUGAGCACCUAUGAGGGUGUCCGCGACCCCACGGAUCCAGAGAAGACUGCCUUUGGUCACGGCCCCUUCCCCACCCCAUGGAGGAGGAUUGGGGGUCCACCUUUUGGGGCCAGGCCCAAUCCUGCACCUUGGGGGCUCCAGCCCCCCAAAAUUAAAUUUCUACAGCAUCCCUCUAGCUUUCGAUUCCCCCAGCAGCCUGACCCCAGAAAAAUCACCUGCUGUACAUGAAACGCCUAGAACCCAGAGCCCUGGGGCCCAGCAAGGUGCGCUCCCCUUG